GGGAGGGGGCGUCUCACACGGACAGGGGGAAUCAAACCGCGAUUGUGAAUGGGGGGUGAAUAGUUGUGUGGGUAUCCGUCUUAGGAAAUGACAAACGGCUCGGUGCGCGCCUGACACGGAGGUCCCUCCCGUAGAUGGAGCCUUGACAAGCCAAGCCGGCGAAAAGCAGCCCCCGGCACCCAUGCCAGGGCCUGCCGGCUCCCCGAGCCCACCACCCAGCCAGGACCCUCCAGCCCGGCCGCCGGUCCCGCCCCUCCCUCCCGCUAGCCGGCCGGGUCCUCCCGGCCCAACGCGGCAGAUGGUCCCGAGGCGCCCGCUGUGACACCCCCCGGGUGGCCCCUCCGCACCCUCCCCGGGCCAUGGGGAACAACACCACCUUCCCUCCGUGCCAGGACUACCGCGCCAACCACCGACUCCACAUGGUGGGCUACAGCGUGAUCCUGGCCGUGGGCCUGCCGCUCAACGCCCUGGCCCUCUGGGUCUUCUUCCGGGCCCUGCGCGUCCACUCGGUGGUCAGCGUCUACAUGUGCAACCUGGCGGCCAGCGACCUGCUCUUCACCCUCUCGCUGCCCCUGCGCCUGUCCUACUACGCCCGCCACCACUGGCCCUACCCGGACAUCCUGUGCCAGCUGGCGGGCGCCGUCUUCCAGAUGAACAUGUACGGCAGCUGCAUCUUCCUGGCGUUCAUCAACGUGGACCGCUACGCCGCCAUCGUGCACCCCCUCCGGCUGCGUCACCUGCGCCGGCCCCAGGUGGCCCGCCUGCUCUGCCUGGGCGUGUGGGCGCUGAUCCUGGUCUGCGCCGUGCCCGCCGCCUGGGUGCACCGCCCGGCCUCGUGCCGCUACAAGAACAUCACCCUGCGGUUCUGCUUCGAGAGCUUCAGCGACAGGCUGUGGCAGGGGGCCCUGCCCGCCCUGGUCCUGCUGGCGGGGGGGCUGGGCUUCCUGCUGCCGCUGCUGGCCGUGGUCUACUCGUCCGUCCGGGUCUUCUGGACCCUGGGCCGACCGGCGGCCACCAGGAGCCAGCGCCGGCGGACGACCGUGCGCCUGCUGUUGGCCAACCUGGUCAUCUUCCUCCUGUGCUUCGUGCCCUACAACAGCGUGCUGGCCACCUACGGGGCCCUGCGGGCCGAGUGGGUGCCGGGCGGGGAGGCGGUCCGGGCCAGAGUGCGCCAGGCGCUGGUGGUCACCGUGCUCCUGGCCAGCUCCAACUGCGUGCUGGACCCGCUGGUCUACUACUUCAGCGCCGAGGGCUUCCGCAACACGCUGCGGGGGCUGGGCCCGGCCCCGCGGGACGCCGGCAACGGGACGCGGAGCCGGCUGACCACCUCCGAGGGAACGCCCGGCUCCGACACCAUCGCCUCCAGCCGGGAGCUGCUGCCCCACCGGCUGCCCCCGGGGAAGGCCUCGGUCCUGGCGGCGAAGGAUUCGGCCAUCUGAUGCCCAUCCCUCGACCGGCCCCCGCCGCCGCCCGCUGGGCGGACAGCGUCAAAGGACGGACAAGCCGACCCCUCCCCACCUCCAGGAACUGAGGCGAGGGGCUCUCGAGGGACGGGAGGGGCACCGGCGCCCCGCGCUCCGUCCCGGACUGAGGCGGAAGAUAGGUCGCCGGACCCGGAGGUCAGGGGUUGGCGCGGCUAAGUCCCCCGCCGGUGCCACCCCCGCCGUCUCGGGCCUCGGUUCGCCCCGCUGGAUGCGGAGGGGCAGCGAUUGGAGGGUGGUGUGCUGCAAUAAAGGCGAGGACUGUGCUCUCAGCUCGUU